GAUUUUUAUUAUUUUCCUUACAGUUGUUCUUCAUCGAUUCUUAUUAUUUUACCGAUUCUUCUUUGUUCCUCUAGCUAUUGCAGUUCGAAGCUCCAUCUUAUCUGAUAUUUCUUCUUGGCGGAUAAUGGAUCAUACACCAUUAAACAAGCUGGAAAUGGGUCAGCGAGGGUACACUGUGGUCGCUCGCGUUGCAAGGAUGUGGGAUUCUACAAAUCCAUCUCAACAAGACCAGCUGAUGAGUGUCGACCUCCUUUUUGUUGAUGAACAGGGAACAACUAUACAAGGAUCCAUCAGGAAAGAAGAUGCAAACAGGAUGAAGGAGUUGUUUGUGGAGGGGAAAAUCUAUCAGAUAUCAAAUUUCUUUGUUGGGGCUGCGAGAAAGAGUUUUAGAAUUUCAAAGCACGACCAAAUUAUCCGAAUUGGUACAUGGACCAUCGUAUUGGAAAUGUCUGAUACCAAAAAGAACAUUCCGAUGAAUUGUUUUAAUUUUGUCGACGACCAAAUAUUGGAGUCAAGAUUGUACAAUGAUGCUGACCUCACUGAUAUCAUGGGUCACUUAACUUCUGUUUCUAAGCUCACAACUACUUUUGCUAAUGGAAGGAUGGUUGGGAAAAAAAACCUUCUUAUCAAUACUAUCAGCAACAAGACUAUUCCAGUCACCUUAUGGGGUAAAAUAGCUGAUGAAUUUGAAGAGGACAAUGUUCUAAAGAUCCCCAAAAAAGAUCGUAUUAUCAUUGUCCUUUUAGGAAUGACUGUGAAAUCUUUUCGGGGUGAAACAACACUGUCAAGCACAUCGGCCACCAAAAUCUACCUUAAUCUAGAUAUACCAGAAGUUCACAAAUUCCACAGCAACAUGUCCUAUCCAAGUGAGGUAACAAUCCUUGAUGAUUUGCGGGACUCAGAGAUGCCAAUAGCACUGAUCCCACAAAAUAAUCAAAAGACAAUUUCAGAACUCAUCUCUCUCGAUAAAAAAACAAAUAUGGGGAAAAAAUUCACUACUGUGGGUUCAAUAACAGAGAUAGACGCAUCAAGGGGAUGGUGGUAUAAUGCAUGUCCAAAAUGCAAGGUCGGUAUCAACAGCUAUGAAGGAAAAUUGUCCUGCAACAAGUGUGGACCAACGGCAAAAUUGCCAAUCCCAUGGUACAAAGUAAGCAUGUAUGUCACGGAUGGGACACAUGAUGCUAAAUUUCUCUUGUUCGGCAAACAUGUCGAGAGGAUGAUAAAAAUACCAGCAAGCACUUUGUCUGAUCUUCCAAGUUCUGUUCGAACCGAAGUUCCAACAAUCAUGCUGAAUCUCUAUGGCAAAACCUACAACUUCACUGUAUCAAUCAAUGAGAGGGAAAACAACUCUGAAACUUUGACCUUCAAUGUCUCUCAAGUUUAUGAAAAUGAUCACGAUCCAAAUAAGGCAGCUGUGGAACAAUCACACUUCCAAAUCUCAGGAACUGAUGGGAAGAAUGAUCUGGCCGGUAGCUUUACAGACAAUUCAGAGAACAAGCGAAAUAGGGCUAUCAUAACAGAGGAAAAGAACUACUCGCACGGAAAAAAUAAGCGUCAUGCAGACGUUUGAAGUACAUUACUGAAAAAAGAAGUCGUUAACAUUCAGCAUAUUUAGUAACGCAAAGCGUCACUUUUGUCUUGUUGUAUAUACAGUUCCAUGGAUGACCAAAUAUCCAAAAAACUUGCAACGUUAUGUCCUGCCUACAAUUGUCCACAAAUCAUUUGUGUGAGAGGUAGUUGUUUUUGGUUAUGUUAAGCUUUUACUUCAUUAAUGUACUUCUCCAUGUAUGUACUAACGAUGAAACACUAAAAAACUAUGUAUACUUUUGUUUGUUA